AUGCGUUCAGGGUCACACUUCCAGAAGACGGCGCUUGUUAACAGCCGCUGUCCUCAAUAUCGGACUCUGUGCAAUAACUGCUUAACGACUCCCUCUGUCCAUCUCUCUCUGUCUCCGUCCACAGACGGGCGCUCCCUCCUAUUGGCUCCCUGUCUGGCCGACACGCCGGCAGCUCAGGUGGUCGAGCGAGCCGUCCUGGAGUCGCGGGUACGAGAGGUGGAGGAAGAGAACAGGCGGAUCCGUCUGCAGCUCAGCCAAUCGCAAGGCGGCACCGCCGGCCAGCCGCCGGACGGAAACUACGGCAACCAGCAGUGGGGCGCCUCGGCGGACACGGGCCCGGAGGACGGAGACAACACAGCGGAGGAGAAGAACAACCACACCGAGUGUCCUCGGGCGCCAAGCGUCCAGAAGUGUGAGCUGAUCCACGUGGCGUGCGUGUGUGCCGGUCACAACGCCAGCAGAGACGUGGUCACGCUGGUCAAGUCCGUCCUCUUUCACAGACUUAAAGGCACCAGUGAGAGAGCUGGCCUUUCCGAGGUCUCGUGGAUACCCAACAAGCAUUACUCAGGGAUUUACGGCUUGAUGAAGCUGACGCUAACCAAAGCUCUGCCCCCGGACCUGUCCAAGGUCAUCGUCCUGGAUACGGACAUCACCUUCGCCACCGAUAUCGCCGAGCUCUGGGGGAUCUUUAGGAAGUUCACCGAUAAGCAGGUGAUCGGCCUGGUGGAGAACCAGAGCGACUGGUACCUGGGGAACCUGUGGAAGAACCAUAAACCCUGGCCUGCGCUGGGACGGGGCUUCAACACAGGCGUCAUCCUUCUCUACCUGGAGCGGCUGCGGCGAAUCGGUUGGGAGCAGAUGUGGCGGCUGACGGCAGAGAGGGAGCUAAUGAGCAUGCUCAGUACGUCGCUGGCUGAUCAGGACAUCUUCAACGCCUUCAUCAAGCAGAACCCGGUGCUGGUGCACCAGCUGCCCUGCUUCUGGAACGUCCAGCUGUCGGACCACACUCGCUCCGAGCAGUGCUACACCGAGGUGUCUGACCUCAAGGUGAUCCACUGGAACUCUCCGAAGAAGCUCCGAGUGAAGAACAAGCACGUGGAGUUCUUCAGGAACCUCUACCUGACCUUCCUGGAGUACGACGGAAACCUGCUGAGACGAGAGCUGUUCGGCUGCCCGAGUCAGGCCAACCCAGAGAGUGUCCAGCUGCAGGCGGCCCUGGAGGAGCUGGACGAGGACGACCAGUGUUACGACUUCCGUCGGGAGCGGCUCACCGUCCACAGAGUGCACCUGUACUUCCUGCAGUACGAGUACACGCCCACGGAGGACGACACCGACAUCACGCUGGUGGCCCAGCUCUCCAUGGACAGGCUGCAGAUGCUGGAGGCCAUCUGCAAGCACUGGGAAGGCCCCAUCAGCCUGGCGCUCUACAUGUCCGACGCCGAGGCCCAGCAGUUCCUCCGCUACGCCCAGGCUUCCGAGGUCCUCAAGAACCGCAAGAACGUCGGCUACCACAUCGUCUACAAGGAGGGCCAGUUCUACCCCGUCAACCUGGUCAGGAACGUGGCGCUGAAGAACGCCAACACGCCGUACGUCUUUCUGACCGACGUGGACUUCCUGCCGAUGUAUGGCCUCUACGAUUACCUCAGGUACGAUUGUGCAAUGCUGGACAUGGCUCACACUAAGAAGGCUCUUGUGGUUCCGGCGUUCGAGACACUUCGUUACCGUCUGUCCUUCCCCAAAUCCAAAGCUGAGCUGCUCUCCAUGCUGGACAUGGGGGCUCUUUACACCUUCAGGUAUCAUGUGUGGCCUAAAGGUCACGCUCCGACCAACUAUGCCAAAUGGCGAACAGCCACCACGCCGUACAAGGUGGAGUGGGAGCCGGACUUUGAGCCGUACGUCGUGGUGAGGCGAGACUGUCCCGAGUACGACCAACGCUUCGUCGGCUUCGGCUGGAACAAGGUGUCUCACAUCCUGGAGCUGGACGCACAGGAGUACGACCUGAUGGUCCUCCCCAACGCCUUCAUGAUCCACAUGCCCCAUGCUCCCAGCUUCGACAUCUCCAAGUUUCGCUCCAGCUCCAGCUACCGCAACUGUCUGAACACGCUGAAGGACGAGUUCCACCAGGACCUGUCCAGGAAGUACGGCUCAGCUGCUCUCAAGUACCUCACGGCCCAGAGGGUCAUCUAAAAGAGCAGAACUGCGGAGAGCUAGCGAGUCCCUCGGCCCUCCGGACGAGGUCCCAGAGUUCGGACAGACUCGUACUGACGCUGCACUGCGCCGCUGGGCAGCAAACAAUGCCGGUAAAGCUUUACAGCCCUUUGGAACAUUCUCGGGGCUCCUGUGCAUUGAAGGGUAACUCCGUUUCUUUUCAAUCUGGACCCUAUUUUCUAAUGUUAUUGUGUCUGAGUGACUGGUGGGAACAACAGUCUUUGAAAUUGGUCCUGCAUUGAACAAGAACGCUGUGAUCAGCAGUCUUGGACCGGGCUGCAAUGUAACGCUAAAGGACAAUUUUUUGAAAUACUAAAAUCCUCUUUGUUUAACCAGAAACGGCGCCGAGGUUGCCAAUUGCCAAACUCCACCAGACUCCAUGUAAAUAAUAGGGGUGGGAAUCACCAGAGGCCUCACGAUACGAUAUCAUCACGAUACCUAUGUCACGAUACGAU